CAUAAUUCAAAAGAAUUUCAAAAGCGACGAGAAAAAAAAAAAGAAAGGGAAACAUUCGUCCAUGUCUCCCCAACGGCUAUUCCGAUGAACUCUGUAUAACCCCUAAUUCAUCUUUAAUCUUUUCAACAAUUUUUAUCAGCUUCUCAAUCUCAAUAUUUGCCCAAAUAAUCGACUCUUAAUUCUCAAUUUUUUCUCUUCAAUUUUCAAUUUCAAUGGAUUCAAUCAAAACCCCUCAAUCCCACAAAACAAAAUCAGCUUCUAGACUUGCUCAAAUGGCGAAUAAUCCAGAUUUUGGGAGUGAAUCAGACAACCAAAUACCUCAUUUUUCAGUUGAAUAUGCUCCUUCACCAUCACCCCCAAAACGUCGAAAAACCCCAUCUUCAACCCCUUCAAAACUCUCAAUUACUAAGCCAAGAAACUUCAUUUCUCUUCAUGAACACUUGAUUCUUUCUCCUUCCCCUGUUAGAAGAUCUCGAACCCGGCUUUCGGAACGCCUGGAAGUAGCAGACGAUGCGGCUGAGCACAAACGGAAGUGCAAAACCAGGACUAGUUCAAAUGGGUUAGUUGCUUGUUUUUCACCUCGAAAUGGUAGGAGAUCACGAAGGAGAAUUGAUCCGGAUGAGAGGGAACUUGUUGGUUUAGAUGAAGUAGUCAAGACAAGAAAAAGAAGGAAUAGUGGAAAAUCCAAGAAAGAGAAGCAUAAUUGUGUACCUUCUGUUGUUUCAUCAAAAGGCGAUAAUGGAGAAGAAAGUGCAUUGGAUCGUCUUGGUAUACUCAUUUGGGAAUUGAUUAUGUGGAGAGAUGUUGCUAAAUCAAGCCUCUGGUUUGGUUUUGGGUGUCUUUGUUUCUUAUCUUCUUGCUUUACAAAGGGGCUCAACAUUAGCUUUUUCUCUGUGAUCUCCCAACUUGGUCUUCUGUUUUUGGCAGCAUCAUUCAUUGCAAACUCAUUGAAUCAGAGUGGAAAUAUACCCAGAAAUCUGAUAGUGAGCUUGAAAGAAGAUGACUUAUUGAGAAUAAUUAGAUUACUUCUACCAGCAUUAAACCUUAUAAUUUCAAAAACAACUGAGCUUUUUUCUGGAGAACCAUCCAUGACCCUCAAAGUAGCUUUGUUUCUCUUGUUUGGGGCUGAAUAUGGUCAUCUUUUAACCCUAUGGAGACUUUGUGCACUUGGAUUCUUUACCAGUUUUACUGCACCAAAACUAUACUCCUCCUAUGCUGGUCAGAUAGAUAGCAAAGCUGAGCAAUGCAAAUCAAGAGUGGUCGAAGCGUGGCGAGCUUGUUAUCACAAGAAGAUUGUAGCUGCAUCCGCAGCUACUGCGUUUUGGAAUCUUUCCAGUAUCAAAACCCGAAUUUUUGCUGCUUUCAUUUGUUUGGUGAUAGUGCGAUAUUAUCGGCAACUCUCUGAAACAACAUUAGAAGCAGGAAACGUUACGAGAACAGAAGAGAAAGUGCAGCCACAAAAAGAGGCUAAACAAGAACAAGACAAGGAGGCACAAGGAGCAUUGGUUGUGACAGAUGAGAAAUCUUAACUAUUAAAGCAAAAAAGUGACUGCUAGUCCAUAUGAAUGUAACUCCUACACUUCUCUUUCUUUAAUAGAAAAUGCUGAGUAUACUCAUGUCUACAAAGUAACUCCUACACUUAUCAUGUCUCUCAUAGUUUUAAAAACAAGCCCACAUCACAUCGGUCGCGUUGUAAAGGUUUUUAAAAUAAACGAAUCGAUAUUUCCCGCGUUGUUAAGGUAAAAAAAAAAAAAGUCUUUUAGGCCGUAGCAAGGAAUAUCUUACGAUUUUGACUGAUAUUUAAUCGUUAUGAAAAUCGCUUUGCUCUCAAAACUGCAUCACUAUUUAUGUAAAUUAAGAUAUUGAUAAAGUGAGAUAUAAUUGUCCAUUGUGUAAGACUAAAAGGCCACUCUUCUCAUUGCUAUUGCACCUUUUUGAAGUAUUCAAUAUUCCCAUCUAUUCACUAUAAUUUUUUUAUUUGAUUUUUUAUUCACAAUCAAUUUGUAUUCUGUU